AUGGUCCUUAUGGAGCUCCAAGGCCAGGUGGCGCAACCGUUCGCUACAGUGGAAAGAGAGAUCUACCAGUUGGUGCAACUAUUUGCCACAGUGGAGGCGGAGAUCGACCAGGUGGCUCGGCUGUUUGCUACAGUGGAGGGGGAAAUCGGUCCCAUCCAUGUGAUGGUGUUCAACAUUGGAGCAAGUAGCUCUAGAAUUGCUCCUGUCUCUCCUCUUUUCCCGGCUCCUCCCACCCUUUCCUCCCCGCAGACCAGGUGGCUCAACUACCAGGUGGCUCAACUGUUCGCUACAGAGGAGGCGGAGAUCGGUCCGAUGCAUGUGAUGGUGUUCAACAUCGGUGCGAGCUGA